ACCUUUCUUCAAAAGAAAGCAAAAUCGAAAAUUCCAGAAGAUGAGAACAUAGUUACAUGGCGCCAUAAAUCCGCCACCUCACCCUACUUCUUCCUCGAGCAUUAUCCUCUCUCGUCUUCUACUACUGGGCUCAGAAGUUCAUCCAUAAAAGCACCAGAAACCCUCUGCAACUCCAACGGAUCGAAGAGGCAAAAUCAAAAAGGAAAGAUAGAAUGGGGAAAGAGAGCAAAGAGAUGACCGUAGUCCGCGGUCUGGAUCUUCAGAGGUACGUGGGAAGAUGGUAUGAGAUUGCUUCGAUACCUUCCUUCUUUCAACCCAAAGACGGGGAGAACACCCGCGCCACCUAUUCUCUCAAUGCUGAUGGGACGGUACAUGUUCUAAACGAGACCUGGAGCCGUGGAAAGAGGGAUGCUAUCGAGGGUUCAGCUUAUAAGGCAGAUCCCAACAGCGAUGAGGCUAAGUUCAAGGUGAAGUUCUACGUUCCUCCCUUUUUCCCGAUUAUUCCCGUCAUCGGCAACUAUUGGGUUCUCUACCUUGAUUCGGAUUAUACCAUCGCGCUUAUUGGAGAGCCGACUCGCUGCUAUCUCUGG